AUGGCUGCCCCUCCGCCCGCCGCCGAGGGCCCCGACGCCGUGGAGAUCCGCGAAGUCUGGGCGGGGAACCUGGAGGAGGAGUUCGCGGUGAUCCGCGCCGUCGUCGACGCGUACCCGUACGUCGCCAUGGACACGGAGUUCCCCGGCUUCGUGGUCAAGCCGAGCGCCGAGUACCGGUUCACCUGCGACCGCAACUACGCCGCCCUCGAGGGCAAUGUCAACGUGCUCAAGCUCAUCCAGCUUGGCCUCACCCUCUCCAACGGGGCAGGCGCGCUCCCGCCGUGCGGCACGGGGGGGCGGGGCUGCAUCUGGCAGUUCAACUUCCGGGGCUUCGACCCGCACACCGACCCUUCCAGCAACGACUCCAUCGACCUGCUCCGCCGCAGUGGCAUCGACUUCGACCGCUUUGCGGCCGAGGGGGUCGAUUCCACCCGCUUCGCCGAGCUGAUGAUGUCGUCCGGGAUCGUGCUGAACGACGAUGUCCAGUGGGUCACCUUCCACAGUGGCCACGACUUCGGCUACCUCCUCAGGCUGCUCACCGGACGGGAAAUGCCCAACACCUUGGAUGAGUUCCUCAAGCUCACCAAUACCUUCUUUCCGGUGCUGUACGACAUCAAGCAUCUCAUGAAGUUCUGUGGCGGUGGCCUGUAUGGUGGGCUCAGCAAACUUGGGGAGCUGCUCAAGAUCGAGCGUGUUGGGAUCGGCCACCAGGCUGGUUCUGAUUCGCUGCUGACCCUGCAGUGCUUCAUGAAGCUCAAGCAGUUGUACUUAAAGGAGUCUGUCAAGUUGUAUGAUGGUGUGUUGUUUGGGCUUAUUCCUGGGGAAGUGAAGAUCAAACCUGCUACUCCGCCCAUUGAAUGA